AUGCCCUGCCUCGAGUCACCUGCACCGCCCGACGAAUACGCGCAGUUUUUGGUCAAGCGGUUCUUCAUAACCUGCACGUCUGGAGUCAGUGUGCCUGUGCCAAAAGCCAAAGAACAUUGUGGAGUGAGAAGGGGAGAGAAGAAUGGUGCCCUUUCUUUCCAGAGUCGAUAUGACAGUUGCUACACACAGGUUGAGGGUGACACAGUGGUUGUGUCUUUGAGAGUCCAGCUAGAUGCAGGGGAUCAAUGGUACAGGGUCAAUAUUAGCUGCCCCCUACUCAAGAGGAUGGCCCAGAAACCCAUCAUCGGUCGCACCUCACGAUCAGGAAAAUGCAGCAUCCAUAGAGCUUUGCGUGUGGACUGUGGUCUCCAGGAUAUCUCCAAUGAUGGCUGUCUCAAACUGGGAUGCUGCUAUGAUGAUCAUGACUCAACUUGCUAUUACAGAAUGAACACCUGUUCUCUGGAUGGCCAUUUUGUGUUCUCUGUGAAGGCAACAGACACUGACCCCCCAAUUAACCACAACAACCUUGCUGUCAAGGGUCAGCCACAAUGCUCUCCUGUAGCUACCUCUGCAGAUACAGCUGUCUUUAAAAUCGGGGUGAGGGAGUGUGGCACAAAGAUGAUGGUGAAUGGGGAUGUUGUAAGCUAUGAGGUAGAAGUUGAGGAACUGCAUCCAAAGAUUACAGGCAAACAUUCUCCCUUCAGUCUGCAGGUCCAGUGUCAAUACGAGGGGUCAGCUCUCCUCCACACUGAUCUGUGGUCCUUAAACCCAACUAACCCUCCACCUGUGACUGCACUGGGGACUGUCCGAGUGCAGAUGAGAAUAGCCACAGAUGAGUCCUUUACCUCUUUCCUCCCUGAGGACCAGCUGCCCCUGACCCUCUAUCUGCAUAAGCCUGUGUAUGUGGAGGUGUCAAUCACGCCACCCUCCCCUGACCCCAGUCUCUCCCUGCGUGUGCGUGACUGCUUCGCCUACCCUGCCUCCAGACACUCCGUAUGGACACUACUCUAUGAUGGCUGUCCUAACCCUCUGGACAACAUGAGGAGUUCUGUCCCAGUGGACAGUCAGGGGAAGACAACCUCUCACUCCCAGGUCAGGAGGUUUGAUGUCAAGACCUUUUCCUUCGUGGACCCUGAGACGGGCAAUCCCAGUGUGGAAGAGGUGUACUUUUACUGCUGGGUGGAAAUCUGCACAGAGGAGGAAGAGUGUAAACAACAUUGCUCCAUCACCUCACCUGAUGGUGAGAGGGCGAGGAGGGAGUCUGGGUCAGACCGAGUCGCCCAGUUAGUCUCAUUUGGUCCUGUUUUGUUGGGUCAGAACAGUAAGGGAAUCAUAGUGAUCUGAAUAUAGCAUUUCAGGUGUAAAUGUACUCUGCCACGGUCAUCUGUACCUCCAUCCUGUUCUUCCUCCUGGUCGAUGAGUUGUUAAGUGGAAGAAAAUGACGUGGAACUGGAAAUGAUGAGAUUGGCCUACAGGUUGAACA